AAGAAGAACAGUUAGCGUAUGGUAAAUGACAAUUUGUAACCUAUUGUUUUUACUGUUUUUCACACUUAUUGACGACGUAAACUAUCGAUUGUAUCGAUUAGUAACUGAACUCUGGAAGAAAGAUCUAAGGGGUAAUGGCGGACCCUGCACGGAUAAAGACGGAGAAUUCACUUGAAAAAGAGGAUUUUACUAACGAGGAUGAUCCGAAGACGGAGCAAACAGAAAAUGUUCCGGAGUCUUCAGCAGAUGACAGGAAAGAGCCGUCCACGCAGGAUCAUCCAAAAGAUUUAAACGCUGAAAGUGAAGCCACAGCAGCGGAUGAUGAGGAAGAGGGAACCUCUGGUCAGCCUUCCUCUAAACGUCUGAAGGUGGAGCCAGAAAAGAAGAAAGAGAAGCGCCACAAGGUCGAUGAGGAUGAAAUACAGAAGAUGCAGGUUUUGGUGUCAUCUUUUUCUGAAGAGCAGCUCAAUCGCUAUGAGAUGUACAGACGCUCUGCCUUCCCAAAGGCUGCUAUUAAGAGGCUGAUCCAGUCCAUAACUGGUUCAUCUGUUUCCCAAAAUGUGGUCAUUGCCAUGUCUGGUAUCUCCAAGGUUUUUGUUGGUGAGAUUGUUGAAGAAGCUUUGGAUGUUUGUGAGAAGUGGGGAGAUACCCCCCCACUUCAGCCUAAACACCUGAGAGAAGCAGUUAGGAGGCUGAAGAGUCGAGAUCAGAUUCCCAACACAAAGUGCAAGCACAUCCUGUUCCACUGAGCUGAUCAUGCCACAGAAUGAGCAAGGACAUUUGCUAUGUUAAAAACUGUCUUAUUGUGCGGGGAAAAAAACUGCUAAGAAAGCUGUUUCCACAAUGCAGUGGCUGUUCACAAUCACUGACAGAGUAAGGACAGACUAGACACACUGGGAAAGCUUAAGGUGUUAGUUUUAUUUAUUUUUUUUAUCAUUUAAGUUUUGUACUGUAAAUUGGUUUUAAUUUCUUUAAUAAAUGUUUGGCUGUUAGAUUAGACCCUGAUAUAUAGGUUUGAAACUUGUUCAUUUUGUUACAAGCUAAAAGGUAUAUUAAGUUCCAUUUAAUUAGAUAUCAAGUAUAAAUAAAAUAUGUGAGGACAUUUUUAGGUUUCCACAGAUUUUUGUUUUUCUGUCGGAUUGGAUCCAACGCUGGACUUUGAGUUUUCCACUAUAAUGCCUGAACAUGCUGGAUCUCAACUCCAGUCCUUUGUGGCCUUGGUUCAAGCCACCCCAUAGCAUGAUACUGUCACCACCUUUCAUCCUGUGUUCAGAAUGGAAUGUUAGUAGAAUUUUUCUUUUAUAUAUGACCAUAGACUAAAGUUUGUCAUGGGCAGAUUUGUUGAGCGUUGGACUACCUAAUUUUUUUUCAUAUGGUUGAAUGAAAUACAAUAAAAGACCCAACAAAAA